UCGGGCGUCACGUGGCAGUAUUAAUAAUUCUAGAGAGAUACGAAAAACAAAAAUGGCGAUCGGGAUCAUCUGAUAUAGGAGUGUCUGUGUGGAUUCUGCAGGGUUGUAUUCAUAAUACAUGACCAUGAUCAUAAGAAACUGUUAAACAAUCACAGCCAGAGAAGAAAAGGAUGUGCUCAAAAUACCACUGAGCACCAUGGCCUCCAGUUCAUCACACAAUGCUGCUCACUUUGAGCGGAGCUUAUCCGCUUCGGCAGUUGAUCAUACCAUAUACCGACAGUCUCCAGAUCCCAAGUGGAAAGACCAAAACGGAAAUGAACAAGAACCAAUGGAAGAGGAGACACCAGUGUCAGGGGUUCACAAAGUGAACGGAUUGCUGGAAAAUGUGAAAGAAGUUAACUGUUCACUUAGAAAUGGGCAUGCAGAAAACGGAGAGAAUUUAUCGGAGAAAAUAGCAGCAUUGAAAGUUGAAAGUAAUGGCCUUAGCACUGUGUCUGAGGAAGAGAAAAAAGAGAAGGUGAAAGAUGAAGUAUUGGGGAAACCCCCUCUGCCUCGUAACAAGCAGAACUCGACCAGUGGCAAGCAGUCCUGGCUACUACGACUGUUUGAAUCGAAAAUGUUUGAUAUGUCCAUAGCUAUUUCAUAUCUCUUUAACUCUAAAGAACCUGGGGUACAGACAUACCUAGGAAACAGGUUGUUCAGUUUUCCUGAAGAAGAAGUGGACUUCUACUUGCCCCAGCUACUGAAUAUGUACAUUCAUAUGCAUGAUGUUGCUGAAGCCAUUCACCCUUAUAUAGUUUAUAGAUGCAGACAUAGUGUGGAGUUCUCUCUUCAAACUGCCUGGAUUUUGAGCGCUUUCUCUGCUGAUGUUUUGAAACCAAACUGGAAAAAUUCUCAAGGAAUAAAGUUGAAAAACAUGAUUUUGAAUGAGGAGUUAAGACCAAAGGUUGAUAAGAAAGCUGGCAAUCUGCCAAGCCCCACCCUGCCACAUGCACUCCACCCUCUGACGGUGACUACUCCAGUGAAGAAAACCCACUGCAGAUCCAAGUCAGAUGCGACAGGUAUUUACUCCAAGAUGCCCCACAGUCAAACAACAGGGAAUCUCCAAAAGUCAAACACAGGAGAUUUAUCAACAGGUCGAGCUUUUGACAGUGGCUGUAUUUGUGUGCAAUCUUCUGAAGGAAUUGUUAAUGAUCUCACUGGAAAAGAAACAGUCUGUCAUUGUGGUGCUCCCAGGUUAAAACCUGAAUUAGAGUUUGUGAAUGCCUUGAUGAACAUUGGAUCUCGCCUUCAACAGCUUCCCACCAAAGAGCUGCGAACAUCAAGACUGAUAGCAGAACUAGCCAUGUUGAAUCUGAACCUACCGGCCCGAGUGUGGCUCCCGUUCGGAACCAACAGCCACCAUCACAUUGUCAGGAUUCCCCACACCCAGGCCAUAGUACUCAACUCCAAGGAGAAGGCCCCCUAUUUACUGUAUGUAGAAGUGCUGGAGGUGGAGAAUGUGUAUUCUAGUCAUGUUCCCAGUAAACGACUGGAGAACACGUUACGAUUCACAAAAUCGGAGGAGGAUCUAACAACCUGCUACGUCCGGAGUAAUGGCUCCCCCCACCCUGAGUUCAGCCUGUACGGAGGGUCAGAGUUUGAUGAUGCCGAGUGCUGGUCUCAGGAGGAUGAUGAAAUAUUACAGUUUGCUGUGAAGACCAGAUCAGUGGACACUCUGUCACAGUUCUCUGUUGAUAGCACCACCAGUGCAGACAGUAAGGAACCAGUUUAUAUCGCUGCUGGCGACAUCAGAAAGAGGCUUUCUGAGCACUUCACAGCCCCCAAAAGCAAAUUUGAGCGUGACCCAGAGGACCCCUCAGCAGCCGCCCUGAAGGAACCCUGGGAAGAGAAGGUGAAGAGGAUCCGUGACGCCUCCCCCUACGGACAGCUCCCAAACUGGAAACUCCUGUCUGUCAUCAUAAAGUGUGGGGACGAUUUAAGACAAGAACUGUUGGUGUACCAAGUCCUGAAGGUGCUGAAGAACAUAUGGGACCAGGAGCAUGUUCCGUUGUGGAUUGAGCCGUACCACAUAUUAGCCACGUCCAACAACAGUGGAAUGAUCCAGCCGGUGGAUAACACAGUGUCUAUCCACCAGAUCAAAAAGCACAGCAAGAAGUCACUCAAAGAGUAUUUCAUCCAGGAGUUUGGGGAGGUGAACAGUGAGGGGUUUCUGACCGCCCAGAAGAACUUUGUCCAGAGCUGUGCCGGCUAUUGUCUGGUCUGUUACCUGAUGCAGGUCAAGGACAGACACAAUGGGAACAUUCUGUUAGACAGUGAUGGACACAUUAUUCACAUUGACUUUGGCUUCAUUUUAUCAACCUCACCGGGCAAAAAUCUGGGCUUUGAGAACUCGCCAUUCAAACUCACUCAUGAAUUUGCAGAGGUUAUGGGAGGCUUGGAGAGUGACAUGUUUGAAUAUUUCAAGAUUCUGAUCUUACAAGGAUUAGUGGCAUCAAGAAAACACAUGGACAAAAUCAUACCAAUAGUAGAGAUUAUGCAAACAGGUUCAGGUUUGCCCUGUUUUGGGAAUGGUAUGAACACAAUUCGUCAGCUCAAGGAACGGUUCCAUCUAAACCUGACAGAGGAGCAGCUUCAGCUGUACGUGGAUCAACUCGUUGAGUCGAGUCUGAACUCGCUGACCACUUCACUGUACGACAAGUUCCAGUACUUCACCAAUGGCAUUCUGUAGGUGUGAGAUGGACUCAAUGAACUGAAGAGUCCACAAAAUGAAGUGAUAUACUAGCUGUAGUGAAAGAGGUGGAAGUGUGUGACUGACUAGAUGGAAACAUACUUUAAGUUUAGGAAAUUCAAAGUCUAGAUGGGAACUGACUUAAAAUUAAGAAAAUCAAUGUGUGCUACUAACAUUUAAAUGUGUUACUAACUAGAUGAGAAUUGAGAUAUGAAAAAAAACAGUGUAGAGGAAAAGCAAAGGUGCCAACAUGUGUAAUGGAGGCAUUAACUGGAGAGAUGCACACAGAAACUAAAAAUUGGGAACUAGUCAGAAAAAGAGGAGAACAGUCGCCAUAAUUGACCCCAGCUUAAUGUUAAUACAAGAUAAUCCUACCUCAACAGAAGGAAAUGCAUUUCUCUACAGGAAAAAUAAAUCCUGACUUGGAGAAUUUCAAAGGUUUUUAGAACUUAUGCAUUCAAAUGUGUUGUUAGUCUGUAUAAGAACUUUGAAGUCAGAAAUUCAGUAUAAUUAUCACUAUACAUGUAAAGUUGUAUUGAUGGCUUGUAUAAGAAUCUUCUGAAGCUUUCUUGCGAGUAAACAGCAGAUUUUUUUCAAACCCUGCCUGUCCAAUGCUAAAAUGAGAUUCUAAUGUCGUGCCUAUAUGUAAAAACUUUUUAUUUAUUUUUUGAUGUACAUGUGUAUAUAUAUAUACAUAAAAAGCAUGUUGAAGUGCUGAGAUAUUACUACAUGUAUCAUUUUGGCACUUCUAUGAUCAUAUAUGAGAAGAUGCUGUGUGUUUGAUAUUCAUAAUGAGGAUCUUUUGUCGAUUCAUGGAGAGAAAUUCUAUAUGAAAACAUUGAACCUCUUCUAUAAGUCGAAAUAAGAAAUUCUUAAAUUCUUAUUUUCCAUGUCAGUCACCUUACAAUAUUGUGUUUUUAAUGGAGAAUAAUUUUGCCAAAUAUCUAUAUGAUAUUUAUCAUAAUUGUAUAAAAUAGUACCGGUACUUUAAAACCCCUGGGUGUUUUAUAGUCCGUGUGAUAUAAUAUACAUAGAAGUACUCAUUCAUUUAGAUGUUUCAAUUGGAACUUUUAUUUUGUAUUGUAUAUAAUAAUUAUUAAAAGUCUUAAAUAAAUUAAACAGUUUUCUUUAAAAACUAAUGAGAUAUUCAUGUACUUGUAUUUUAAUAGAAAACAUUGUGCUUUUUAAAAAUGUCAAAGUUAAUUCUUAUUACUUUUUCUGAGUUUGCAUAGUGAUAAUUUGUUAUCAAUAUUUGUAUAGUUUUUAUAGGAUUUUAGCCAACUUUUGUGCCAUAUGUUGUACACAUAAGUAUGAAAUAUAUGUGGAAUAGUACUUGAUGUUGGUUUUGGGCAUACUAGGAAUGAGCAGUCCUUCUACUUGUCAGUUAUAGGGGUAAUAGGGAAGAUUUAGAACACUGAAAGAAUGUACUUGUAUUGUCAUACCAAUAUGGGGCUCUUUUUCAAACAAAAGCAACAGGUACGUUGGUAAUUUCUUGUAAGAUUUCUUUGAAUAUUGUAAAGUGUCUGAACUGUUGUUGACAAUAGAUUGGAUUAGUCCAAGUUUUGCUGAUUUGUGAUAGUGUCUGAUAAUGCCUGCAGUGUAGCUGAAUAUUUUGUGAUGGCAGAGAAUUCAAUGCAAUUAUUUUAUGUGCUUACGUGUUUGACUAACUUGUGUCAUGGACCACCUGUUCUAUCAGACAUUUUUUGGUGAGAAGGAAAUGAAGCAAUCUAUUAACUCUACAUUGUACAUGUUUUAUGUUGUUUUACAUCCAAACCGUUCACAUCUUUGAAACAUUUUUCUUGUAGGAAGCAGUGUUGACUCAUUCCUGUGAAUAUCAAUGCAAUUUUUGUGUAUAUUAAUUAAGUGAACUCGCAUCAAUUGUGUAACAGAUUUGUCUCUGUAUGGAGAGAGAGAGAGAGAGAUGAGACAUAUUACAUGUAAAUCAUAGUAUUGUAUUUCCUAGUCAAACAGCUAUAAUGGAAUAACAUGUACAUACAUAUAAAACACGUGACAGGCAAUGAUAGACAACCUCCUUCCCUGGUUCAUCUUUGUGUUCCUAUGCAGCUCUUAAUUUCUGAAACUAAUGUGACAAUCUUUUUUUAAAUCCUUGAUAAUGUCCAGAGAUUUUCAUAGAUAUUUGAUAAAAGGCUAUUAAUGCUUGUUAUUUUCACUCUGUAGAACAUUGCCAGUUGUAUAUGUUUCAUUUCAAUUGGCAUAUCAUUUCAUGAUAAAAUUUCACACAGUUCUCCUUUCUCUUGCUCAUAAAUGCCAAAUUAAGUUGUUUGCUAAUUUUUAAAAGCUUUUUUUUUAAGUGUCAUACCUGUAAAUAAUGUCAAGGUAGAUCAUGCUUAUUCCUUCUGUACAGAGAUUUAAGACUCUGCUUUUGAUAAGUAUAAACCCAAUGCACUGAACAAAGCUUCAUUUGUGAAAUGUCACAAAGUUGUUUCUAUUAAAAUGUAAUGAAGAAUAUU